GCCCCCUCCUCCAUUUUGCAUCUCCCGGGCUUUCCCCUGGCCAUACCCUCCCUUGCCCCUUCGAGCCCUCCCGCGUGUUAAUUUCAGAGUCCUCUCCCGCGGUCACUCUUGCGGAACUAGCUGGUUUCACUAGGCCCAGAAGGAAUGGACAGACCAAGAGAAGACCGGAAUGGCUGGCCAGCAGGGCCCCUCUUGGUACUGCGGCAGUGGGAGUUAAUCUGGAGCUGUCGCCCGGAAACCUCCGAACUGAAAACCCUGGACUAAAGCAGCUCUGCAUUCUGGUUCUAAGAGGAGGUACCAAGAAGAGCAGAACAUUUUUGGGUUUGAUGAUUGUGACAUUUGCAGGGUCAUGGACUCCAUUUCCCUAUAUGCAGGCAGAGGAAUUGGGGCAUGAGGGAAGUCCGGAACUCUCGGGUCUUUGGGCACUGCGACUUGCCACUCCUUGGUUCAGGUCCCCAUAAGUGCCUAAAUGGCAUCUCAAGAUAGCAAGACAACUAUUUGGGAGCCAGCAGAGGGGGUUGUUGGUGCUAGGAAGCAGUCUCCUUCCCAAGUCCUUUUCACCAGUUAAUAUCCCUCUCUGUUCAUUUUGCAUCCCCUUACCCCAUUUUCUCAAAUCCAACCGGGUCUAGUCCCAGGGUCUACUCCACACGCACACACACGCUCAGACACUGCCACCAGUGCUGCACAAAUCCGGUAGGAAAUCACCCCAAGUGGGAACCAAUUAGCAUUCCAUCUCAUCUAGAAUCAUUCUUUCCCAUGCUUCCAUUUGCUUGGACCAGACUAUCUCUGCUGCCACCAUAGGAAUAGUUUUCAGGCAGGAGACAUGACCCUCAGUAGACAAAUGUGAAGACUGAUGCCAGAAAGCACCAAGCUGCUGCUCUAGAGAUCCAGAGACCUAGGAAGUAGGGUCAGUUCACCUGUGGAGCUGCCUGGAGAGAAGGGAACCUGCUAAUACUGGUGCUGUAGAUUUCAGCCAAAACACUGUUUCACUGGAACGUUUUAGAUCUCCGAACUUAAAUGCCUGGCUGGAGCACACAAAAGCUUUGGGUCUACACAUAUUUUCCCAUUUAUUCUUCUACCAACUAAGCUAACUAGGUCAUUUUCACUUAUCUGUCUGUACAUUCACAUGUGUAGAGAGAGCUCUUUGACCACUGAGAUGCAAAGGGGUAUAUGAAGAGCUCAGCGGAGGAAGGCAGGACUACAUCACAUUUAGGUGCAGUUAGGAACCACAGAAGACCUGUUUUAAGUCUGGGGGUAGGAAAGGGGGUGCUACCUUUCUUGUACUUCAUAAAGGGCCAUGGCCAACACUUUAUAGCCAAAGAGUAGUUAACACAAGGAAAGCACAAAAAAGGUUUCAUCACAGUUUUACUUAAUACAGUGUUACUGGGGAAAUUGCGGUUCCCAUUUGGAUUCUUAGUCUCCUUAAUAAAAGAAUUUUAGAAAAGACUGAGAAGGAAGCUCAAGGACCAUUUUAUUAGAGUUUAAAAGAAAUGCAACAAGGCAGGGGAUCUGUAAUUUUGCCAGCUGCCAAGCGAAAGGAGAGUCAGGGUUUGAGAAAGCUGGCAUGUAAAAAGCACGGCAGAUAAAGGAAUUUCAGAGAGCAAGUGAGAAAACCCAAUGUCAGGAAAAGAUGCUUAGGCUUUUGGCCAUUAUCCAAAAAAAGAGAUAUAUAGGAGGGAAAGUUAUUCUUUUUAAGCUAAGCAGGCUUAGCGGUGCACAGCAGAAGCUCUGUGGGCAACUACAUUGGAGGGGGGCUUCUGGGAAGUAUAUGUACUUCACUUUAUUAAGGGAAUAACUGUUCUUUCCGUCUCCUUAGCAUGCCCUUUUGUGAAUCAGCUUUCUCGAGGCAUGGUCUCCUGGCCAGGUGAUUGACAAACUUAGUUGGAUUAACUCUAAUGGAGGAGACAAUAGCAUGCAAUAUUCUAAUCUUUGGAGCAAAUCAAAAUGUCCUGUCUCUGGGUCCCAGGGCCAGAGAUAAAACUCAGAUUCCAUUCCUUUGGCCAGGAGAAAAUAACUUCCCCUGAAUGAGCCUCAUUCAGCAAAACCCUGACACUUCCAUCUUUUCAUAUGGUAUUUUAAAUCCUAAAGGGAAAUUAUGAAGCUUCCCUUUCUAGUGUUACCAGGGAAACAGGAAGUGUGACCAAAGCAGAUCAUGAGGGAGGGAUCCAUCCUCAGAAGCAUCCAAAAUCGAAUUCUUAUAACAUCCUCCCACAUCAAGAAUUGAGGCCCCAAAGCUCAUGUGCAGCGGCAGCGCUGUUAGCAGUGGCUGCAACAAAGCAUUUGGCGCAAUGUCUUACACCAUUUUGCUGGUACAGCCUGCCAAGAGGUCAGAAGGCAAGACUUACGCUGACUGUGAGUCUGUGAAUGAGUGCAUGGAAGGUGUUUGUAAAAUGUAUGAAGAACAUCUGAAGAGAAUGAAUCCCAACAGCCCCUCCAUCACAUACAAUAUCAGUCAGUUGUUUGACUUUAUCGAUGAUCUGGCAGAUCCCAGCUGUCUUGUUUACCGAACUGAUACACAGACGUACCAGCCUUAUAACAAAGACUGGAUCAAAGCGAAGAUCUAUGUGCUCCUUCGUCGACAGGCCCAACAGGCUGGGAAGUAGUUGGGUUGGAAGCAUUAGGGGCUGGGGGUGGGAACAGGUGCAUACAGCAUGCUGUAGUGAACAUUUUGUAUGAUAGUAAUCCUGUUUCUGUUUUGUUACACUAGAGCCAAGCUGGAAUGUAUGACAUGAUCGUGAAUGAUCUUUUCAUUCUGAAACCAUUGCCCCUUUGCUCCUUUCCUUUCUUUUCUUUUUUUUUUAACUUAAACAUUUUUAUGAUAAUUCAGAGAGAAAGUGUUCUUUGCCAGUUAAGGUUGGUUCCAGUCCUGGAAACUGUUUGUAUCUGCUUUACAGCAGUGAGUGCACUAACCCUUUGUGGGGGGUAGGGAUGGUGAUGAGCUUAAUUAUGUCCUCUGGGAAAGUCUUAGUAAAAAAUAAAGAAAGUUCUACAAAAAAAAGAAUUGAGGCCCCUUGGUAGUUUUUAAGGACCCUUGACAUCAAGAAUGAUACAGUAAGCAUCCAGACUAGGAAGUUCAUGACUGUCUAGUUCAGAGGAAACAAAUGAUCACUGAUGUCUGUCACCCUGGGGAGGCAACAGUACCAAAGACAGAAAUUUAGGAAAAGAUAGCCAAAAUGUUCAAAACCACAUCAGAUGUCAUCUUUGUAUUUGGAUUCAGAAAUAAUUUUGGUAGUGGCAAGAUGACUGGCUUUUGCAUGAUCUGUUUUCCUUUGUUUAUGCAAAAAAAGGAGCUUAAACACAGACUUGCAUGACAUGACCUUUAUGAGAGAAAAAAGAUCUCAGGAAAACAGUGAAAGGAACGUGAGAACAGAAUGAGGAAGGCCUGCAAAUGGGGACUACAAAGGCAAAAAGGCAAAAAGCCAAAGGAAUAUUCUGUGGUGACUUCAUCAGCUGUGAUGGUGCAAAUUUCUAAGCAGACAAAUAAAUGAAAAAUUUCCAAGUGAAAUUUUUUUUUUAAAUUCAGGCCCUAACUUUGCAGGAGAUGGGCUGCAACUAGGACAUAGGAAGGUUUGGGCCUUGGAGGUGGAAUCGAAAACAGCCGUACAGAUAGAGUAAGAGUGCAGCCAAACCACGGGAGUGUAGAUCGACUAUAAACAAGAGGAGAUAACAUAAAGAGAGCAGUUGCAUAUACAAGGUCCCAAGAUUAAUAGUGUCACUCCUAACAUUAUAACAUAUGCAAUCCAUCUCUGAAAACCCAGAGAGAUCAAAUUCCAAAGCUGUUCACCAAAAAGGAUGGGUGUCUGGACUGGAGACUGGGUCACAUCAUCAAGUAUAGCUUGUAGGAAGCUAUGCAAAAGAAGACACAUGAGGAGAAACCAGGCCAGAAGCCAGAGCCCCCAAACACAUUUGGAAUAUCUGGCCUCUGCCCAGGACAGAAGCAAGGCCAUAGCUUCUGGCCAAGGACAAAGACAAGAAUGUUUGCCAGGGCCCUGGCCUAAAACUGCCUGACCAGUUUUUAUUUCCUGUCCUCAUCAGUGGCAACCUUCACAUUCAGAACUCAUAGUCCUCAGCAUGAACUGUCUGAUUUUAAAGGUUAGAUCUGUAUUUUAUUCAUCUGUAUUUCAGGCAAACCAGUACUGAUUCAUCAUGGCACAGUCAAGUAUAAAUCAUCUUAAAAAUCUUCUUUUAAAACAAAUCUUAAAGAACAAAGCAGGGUUGGCAAGAAGCUCAAUAGGUAAUGGGGUUUGUUGCCAAGCCUAGCAACCUGAGUUCAGUCCCCAGGACUCAUAGGAUGGAAGAAGUGAACUGGCUCUCCAAAAUUAUCUUCUGCUCCCCCACAUGCCUACCCCAACACAUGUAAUAGAUAAUUGAAUGUAAUUUUUAAAAACUUUGUAUUGAUUCUUUGUGGAUUUCACAUCAUGCACCCUGAUCCCAUUCAUCUCCCUGUCCCCUCGCUUCAGCCCUAUGCCUUUGCAACCUGCCCCCCAAAAACAAAAUUUAAAAGUAAAACCAAAAAACCAAAAAGCAAAACAAACAAAUGAAACAAAUAAAAUUUCAGCAUGGAAGCUGUAGUGUGGUCCAGUGAGUCACACAGUUUACCCUUUAGUCCAUACAUCUUUACUGGCCAGUGUUCAUUGGUCUGGUUCAAGGCCUCUGGUUUCUGCUACACCAUCAAUGCUGGGCCCUCACUGGGACUCCUCUUGGAUAUCCUGUUGUUGCCUUGUGUCAUGAAGAUCCUGUAGUUUUGGAUCUACAGGUCUGGUUCCUUCACAUGCUCUGGAAGUUCACAGAUGAGGUGGUUAUUGGGGUGGGCUACCUUGUCCUGGUUCUGGACCUGGGUGGUCAGCCUGUCAGCUUUCCCUCAUCAUCACCACCCAGGGGAGCUCUCCAGGACUGCCCUGGCUAGCUCACCCAAUACAGCAGGCAGCAAGGAGCAAGAGCAAGGCCACUUCUCCUGCCCUCACACCCUCGGUCCAGCUCACCUGCACUCACACCCCCAGGGCCAGCUCUACCAUUUUGCCCAGGUGAGGUGCAGGGCGCACUCUCUGGACUGCUGCACUUGGUGAAGGGCAGGGCCAGCUCUUCAGUUCUCAUGCCCUGAGGUAAGCUCUCCCACCUGUUGCAGGUGGCAAGGAAUUGGAGGGAAGGCAUAUUUCCCUUACCCUUGCCAUCCCGUGGCAUAGGGGGCUGGGGCAGCUCUCCUGCUCUCAUGCUACAUGCCUGGCUCACCUGUGCCCCCACCAACAAGGUCAGCACUACUGUGCUGCCCUGGCGAGAUGCCAUGCCCACUCUUCCCUGUGCUGCAGCUGAUGAGGUGCAGGACCAGUUCUCCCACUUUUGUGGCCCUGGGGCCAGCUCUCUCACCUGCCACAGGUGGCAAGGGGUGAGGAGAGGGAGGGCAUUUUUUUCCUCACCCAUGCCACCACAUGGCAGACAAGGGGGGCAGGGUUAGUCCCCCUGCUCUCAUGUCUUCCAGGCCUGCUCACCUGUACCCCUGUCAACAGGGGCAGUCUAUUGUGCUGCCCAGGAGAGGUGCAGCAGGGCCUGCUAUCCUGAGUGCUGCUGCCUUAGGGGGCAGUGCCAAUUCUCCCACUCUCCUGACCUCAGGGCCAGCUGUCCUACCUGCCACAGGCAGCAAAUGGUGGGGGAGGGGGGAGAUCAUCUCUCCCUCACCCAUUCCACCAUAUGGCAGAUGAAGGGUAGGGCCAGAUCUCCCAUGCACAUUUGCUGCACUAGAUCACCUGUGUCUCUACUAACGGGGUCAGUUCUACUAUACUGUCCAGGUUAGGUACAGGGCCCACUCUUCCUAGUGCUGCAGCUGGUGAGUGGCAGGAUCAGCUCUUCCACUCUCAUGACCCCUGGACCAGGUUUCCCAGCCUGCAGUAGGUGGUGAGGGGAGAGAAGCAAGGGGGUGGGGAGUAUCUCUACCUCACCCACCCACCACAUGACAGACUGUGGGGCUAGCUCUCCCAUUCUCACGUAUUCAGAGCCAGCUCACCCCCAACUCCUGCUCAGGCAAGGUGCAGGGCCUGCUCUCCAGAGUGGUGCAGUUGAUGAGGGGCAGGGCCAGUUCUCCUUAGUGCUGCAGACAGUGAGGGCUAGGACCAACUCUGUGCAGCCCUACUGUUACCACUGCUUUCAGUGGUAACAGUAGCCAUGGACAUCAAUACAGACUGUGGCUGCAGCAGGGCCACAGACCCAGACAUGACCCCACCAGCAUUCCAGGCCUGGAUGAUACCAUGUCCCUGGGUGUCAGCACAGGCUACUCAGAUCAGCAUGGCCCUGGCAAAGGCUCAACCCUCGGACACUAACCUGGCCCUAGGUGGCAGCCCAGGCCCCUGGUGUCCAUGUGGUCCUUAGUGUCCACAUACGGCAUUACUGGGCCAUGGACAUCAAUAUAGAUCCUAGCUGUGCUUGGACCAUGGACCUAGAUGUCGCCAGGUCCUGGUUGUAGUGCAGGUCACUUAGUUCGCCAUGGACUCAAUGGCAGUGUGGCCCUUGAACUCCACAUGGCCCUGGGUGUGGGCCCAGAUCCCUGGCAUCUGCAGUGCCUUCAAUAGUGACAGGAGCCUUGGCCAUCAGCACAGGUCCUGUCUGCAGCAGGACCACAGACCCAGACGUGGCCCCAGCUGUAGCUCAGGUCUGUACAAUGCCCUGGCCCCAGGUGGCAGCACAUGUUACUCAGGUCUUUAUGGGUCUGGCAGCAGCACAGCCCUCAGGUACCAAGAAGGCCAUAGGUGGAGGCCCAGAAACUGGGCAUCAGUGUGGCCUUUGGUGGCAACCCAGGCCACAGACAUCAGCACAGACUCAGGCUGUCGUAGGACCACAGACCCAGACAUGUUCCUUGGCAACAGCCUGAGCCAGGAUGUCAUCGUGGCCCUUGUUGGCAUUGUAGAUUGUCCAGCUCAGCAUGACCCAAGUGGUGGCAUGGCUCCCAAAUGCCAACAUGCCCUUAGGUGGCAGCCCAGAAAUCCACUGGGUGGUAACAGGAGCCACUGACAUCAACACAGACCCUGGUUGAUAAACAGAGCAUCUACCUCAACCCGUUCCUCACCUCCCUCAUCUCUUCAAAUCUGCCUCUCUCUCCAGCACAUGAAUCAUUCUCUGUCUCUGUCUCUCUGUCUCUCUCUCCCAUUUUGCCACCCUGCACUCACUCACCAUAAUGGUGCCUGACUGCCUGGCAGGAUGGGCUCAUGGGUGAAAUUCUUCCAGCCACCCCAGGUCUAGAGAUAUGGGGCAGAGCUGUACUUGUCCUCCAGAGUCCACCAGGCCUAGCUUGAAUGUAUUUUUUUUUUUUGAUUUUUUGAGGCAGGGCUUCUCUGUGUAAUCAUCCUAGAUGUCCUGAAACUCGCUUUGUAGAUCAGGAUGGCCUUUAACUCACAAAAAUCUGCCUGCCUCUGCCUACCAAGUGCUGGGAUUAAAGGUGUGUGCCACCAUCACCCAGCUUGAAUGCAAUUUUUAAAAGUAUUUAAAAAUAAUAAAAUAGUGGUUGUAGAGAAGCCAAGAGCCCUCAGUGAUAAAG